UUUACAGGGCCAAUACCAUCAGAGCUAGGGAACCUAGUGAAUCUUCGGACUUUGAAUCUGGCUCACAACAACUUAGAAGGUCCUUUGCCCUCUCAGCUAUCAAAGUGCACCCAAAUGGACAAGUUUGAUGUCGGAUUCAAUUUCCUAAAUGGUUCAUUGCCAUCAAGUCUGCAGAGCUGGACAAGGUUAACCACGUUAAUUUUGAGCGAGAAUCGCUUUAGUGGGGGCCUCCCAUCUUUCCUGUCGGAAUUCAAGAUGAUUUCUGAGCUACAACUUGGUGGCAAUCUGUUCGGAGGCAAAAUUCCCAUAUCAGUUGGAGCAAUGCAGAACUUGAUCUAUGGUUUGAAUCUAAGUUCAAAUGGGUUGACUGGUGAAAUUCCUGUAGAGAUUAGGAACCUGAAAAUGUUGCGAACACUAGCUCUGUCUCAUAACAAUUUGACAGGAAGCAUAGAAGUUCUUGGUGAACUCAUCUCCUUAGUGGAACUCAAUAUUUCAUACAAUUCUUUUAGUGGUAUUGUACCAAAGGCGCUGAUGAAGUUGCUUAAUUGUCCCUUGUCAUCGUUCCUGGGCAAUCCUGGCCUAUGCAUCAGAUGUUCAACGUCAGAUUGCUUGGCUUGCUCGGAAAGAAGCUCUCUAAAAUCAUGCGAUGACAAAUCUGCUAAACGGAAAGGCUUGAGUAAAGUUCAAAUUGUGAAGAUGUUUCUUGGAUUAUCCAUAUUUCUUGGUUUGUCGUUGCUGGCAUUAGUUUGUGUUGUUGUUUUUGGGAGAACAGCUAAGCAGGAAAACCAUAUCUCUUCUGAACAGGGUUCUUCAUCCCUUCUUAACAAAGUCAUGGAGGCUACAGAAAACCUAAAUGAUCGAUAUAUUAUUGGUAGAGGAGCCCACGGAAUUGUUUAUAAAGUUCUGAUAGGUCCAGACAAAGCUUUUGCGGUGAAAAAGAUAAGAUUUACUGCCAGUCAAGGUAAGAACUCGAGCAUGGCCAGAGAAAUUCAGACCCUUGGGAAAAUCAGGCAUCGAAAUCUUGUCAAAUUGGAAGACUUUUGGUUGAGAAAAGAUUGUGGUCUAAUUUUGUACAGCUACAUGGUAAAUGGAAGUCUCCAUGAUGUUUUGCAUGAAAGGGCUCCAACACCAACCUUAAAGUGGAAUGUCCGGUAUGAGAUAGCUGUUGGAAUUGCUCAUGGAUUAGCUUAUCUCCACUAUGACUGUGACCCUCCCAUCGUGCACCGAGACAUCAAGCCCAGCAAUAUACUUCUAGACUCCGACAUGGUGCCUCACAUUGCUGACUUUGGUAUUGCCAAACUUCUGGAACAGUCUUCUCCUGCUUCAAAUACUUCCAUUGCUGUGCCGGGUACAAUUGGUUAUAUUGCUCCAGAGAAUGCUUAUGCAACAAGUAGUAGGGAGUCUGAUGUGUACAGUUACGGGGUUGUUUUGCUUGAGCUGAUAACAAGAAAGAAGGCAGCCACAGAUCCUUCGUAUCAGGAUGGUGUUUUGGUGGAUUGGGUUAGGUCUGUCUGGAGGGAAACAGGACAAAUUCAUCAAAUUGCUGAUUCAAUACUUUCCUGCGAAUUUGCUGAUACCCAUAUAAUGGAAAACCUUACUAAAGUGUUUUUGGUUGGUUUGAGAUGUACUGAGAAGGAUCCACACAAGAGACCCACAAUGAGAGAUGUUAUUAAUCAAUUAAACUAGAAAGAGGGCUAUUUAGUGAAAAAGAAAAACAGAUUAUUUUUAUACUUGUGAUGAAUUAAAAUGUAUCGUGCAUUACGCUAUCCAUCAGAUCAAAGAGCCUUGCACACAGAAGCAACAUCAAUAAUAAUUAGUACAAUUACUGCUCUGCUAAACUAUCAUCAUUGAUCUCACUGCUUACCUUCCUCCACCCUCAAUUAUCUUCACUAAAUAAUAAUUAGACAAAAUUCAGACUUAUUUUAAUACAACCGUUUAUUACUUAAAAUUAUAAUUUU